CAAGAAAAUGGGGAACUCAAUUUUCGUUUUUCUAAAGUCCGAACAAAACUUGCUCCAAUUGGUGAUUGUGAUGGUCUCAUUUGCUUCUUUCGAUAUUCGGGGCUAGAAUUCAUCUCUGCUAAAUAACUCUCACCUCAAAUCUACCCAGUUGUUCUUGCCCAUCACUCCCCAGCAACAAAUCCCAACCAAGGAAGAGUUUUUCCCAGUGGGUUUUCGUUUUGGGUGCUUUGCCGUUGCUCAAUCCAUGGCCUCUUCAAUGCUCAACGGAGCUGACAACCUCACUCGGUUCAGAGGCUUAACCCCAACUGGGUUAGGUUUCUUGGGGUCAGAUUUUCAUGGAAAACGCAUUUCCAAAAUGGGUUUGGUCUCCAGUGCGAGGAUAUCCAGGUCUGGGACAAUCGUACUCCCCAAGUGCAGCUUGUCAGCUCCAAGGCCAGCGUCACAGCCGAGAUUCAUUCAACACAAGAAGGAGGCUUUUUGGUUCUACAGGUUCCUCUCUAUCGUGUAUGACCAUGUGAUAAACCCUGGUCACUGGACUGAGGAUAUGAGGGAUGACGCGCUUGAGCCUGCCGAUCUCAGCGACAGGAACAUGAUAGUUGUAGAUGUUGGUGGUGGCACUGGUUUCACUACUCUGGGUAUAGUUAAGCAUGUUGAUGCCAAGAAUGUUACAAUUCUUGAUCAAUCCCCGCAUCAACUUGCCAAGGCUAAGCAAAAGGAGCCUUUGAAGGAUUGCAAGAUAAUUGAAGGUGAUGCCGAGGAUCUUCCAUUUCGUACUGAUUAUGCAGAUAGAUAUGUAUCUGCUGGAAGCAUUGAGUACUGGCCAGAUCCACAACGAGGCAUCAAAGAGGCAUACAGGGUAUUGAAACUUGGAGGAAAAGCCUGCUUAAUUGGUCCUGUGUACCCAACAUUUUGGCUGUCUCGCUUCUUCGCAGAUGUUUGGAUGCUCUUCCCAAAGGAGGAAGAAUACAUUGAGUGGUUCCAAAAGGCUGGAUUUAAGGAUGUGCAACUAAAAAGGAUUGGCCCAAAAUGGUACCGUGGUGUUCGUCGCCAUGGUUUAAUCAUGGGGUGCUCUGUGACAGGUGUUAAACCUGCAUCUGGGGAUUCUCCCUUGCAGCUUGGUCCAAAGGCAGAGGACGUAACCAAGCCAGUAAAUCGAUUCACAUUUCUUAUGCGUUUCAUAUUAGGUGCCAUGGCAGCAACCUACUUUGUACUGGUUCCUAUCUACAUGUGGAUCAAAGAUCUAAUUGUACCCAAAGGCCAACCUAUCUAAGACAACAAUGCAGUUUCUAUCCUUUGAUUACUUUGUACAUUUCUUGGUUAUUGUCAGACAAGUUUUAACUUAAUGUGCAAUUAUGCAUUCCAAACAACACAAGCUUCUCAGCUCUGGUUUGAACUGGCAACUGCCAUGCCAGUUUCAUUUUUGUCCGCCAUAUGAAUUUGUCACAAGUAUAUCACCAGUAAUCUAAGCCUCUGAAAUUGUUGCCU